CCCCCCCCUCUCUCUCUCUCUCUCUCUCUCUCUCUCUGCAAAUACAAUUUUCAUGCAAAAUGAGUUCGCCAGGUGACGUGCCCAGAUGGAAGCCAAGUGCUAGCUCAACAAGAAAGGAGAAUGAUCAUGAUCCAGACACAGAAAGCUUGGCUUCUGAGGAAGAAGUACACGUAAUCUCCGACAAGAUGGAGCCGAAUUUCCCAUUUAGCACGGGUUUGGGAAGCCUGAACGCCGGUCUCAACAAGGGGUAUCAGAGCAGUCCUAACAAUUUGCCUCCUCAUACUGAAGCCAUUGAAGCACCUCCGUUGGAUUCGCAGAUCGGGAGAUCGCUGGAUGUGGAGCUGAAUCACUCCAAGCAACCACUGAUCCAAGAUGACUCGGUAAUGAGGCUUAAUAACUAUCUGGGAGAAGUGGGUUAUAGAGGAAAUGGUAUUUUCUUGACUUGGAGGGAUUUGUCGGUGACGGUGCCGGGGAACAAAGGUGGCCGGCGGUCCAUUUUGGAAGAAGUCAACGGUUAUGUUGAGCCCGGCGAGGUUUUGGCUGUCAUGGGUCCUUCCGGCUGUGGCAAGUCAACACUUCUUGAUGCAUUAGCAGGGAGAUUAGGUUCAAAGACAAAGCAGACAGGAGAGAUCCUCAUCAAUGGCCGCAAGCAAACCCUAGCAUUCGGCACUUCGGCCUACGUGACACAAGAUGACACCUUGAUGACAACACUAACGGUACAAGAAGCCGUGUACUACUCAGCCCAGCUCCAGCUUCCAGACUCCAUGUCAAGGGCCGAGAAGAAGCAAAGGGCAGAGGCCACAAUCAAAGAGAUGGGUUUGCAGGACGCCAUCAACACCAGGAUCGGCGGCUGGAGCUCCAAAGGCCUUAGUGGCGGACAGAAGAGGCGAGUUAGCAUUUGCAUUGAGAUCUUGACACGCCCCAAGCUUCUCUUCCUCGACGAGCCCACCAGUGGCCUAGACAGUGCUGCUUCUUAUCAUGUCAUGAAUCGGAUCAUCAAGCUUGCCCAACAAGACAGAAGGACUGUGAUUGCGUCCAUCCAUCAGCCCAGCAGUGAAGUCUUCGAGCUCUUUCACAAUCUCUGCCUUCUCUCCUCUGGUAGGCUGGUCUAUUUUGGUUCCACUUCGGCGACGAACGAGUUUUUCUCUUUAAAUGGCUUCCCAUGUCCAACCAUGAGGAACCCGUCUGAUCACUAUCUCAGAACCAUCAACAAGGACUUCGAUAAUGAUGUUGAACAAGGACUAGGCCAAAGUAUGACUACUGUACAGGUUAUCGAUGUUCUUGUUAAAUCAUACAAGUCAUCCAAGUAUUUGCAACAAGUUCAAGAACGAGUGUAUGGGAUAUGCCAACAGAAAGGGGAAACGCUGGAGAAGGGGGGAAGUCAAGCGGGAUUCAUUACUCAGAGCCUUGUUUUGACAAGGAGGUCUUUUGUGAACAUGUAUCGAGAUCUGGGCUAUUACUGGCUUCGUCUAGCAAUUUACAUCGCCUUGUGCUUGUGUGUUGGGACCAUCUUCUACAACAUUGGAUCUAGUUUUGGCUCCAUUCAAGCUAGAGGAUCGAUGCUCAUGUUUGUGGCAUCAUUCUUGACUUUCAUGGCGAUCGGUGGAUUCCCUUCUUUUGUAGAGGAUAUGAAGAUUUUCACCAGAGAAAGGUUAAACGGUCACUAUGGCGUUGGCGCUUUCGUCGUUGGAAACACACUGUCUUCCAUCCCGUACUUGUUUCUCAUCUCUGUACUACCCGGAGCAAUGGCCUAUUACCUCGUCGGACUUCAGAAAACGCUCGACCAUUUCCUCUGCUUCGCUCUUGUACUUUUCGCCUGCAUGUUGUUGGUGGAGAGCCUGAUGAUGAUCGUCGCAAGCGUCGUUCCAGAUUUUCUCAUGGGCAUCAUAACUGGAGCUGGAAUCCAGGGCGUGAUGAUGCUGAACGGAGGCUUCUUCCGGUUACCAAACGAUCUUCCUGAGCCCUUUUGGAGAUACCCAAUGUACUACAUCUCCUUUCACAAGUAUGCGUAUCAAGGAUUCUACAAGAACGAGUUCGAAGGCCUAAUUUUCCCAAACAAUGAGGCGAGGCAGGCAGCCACCAUAACCGGCAAAGAGAUCUUGAGGAAUACUUGGCAAGUGGAGAUGGGUUACUCUAAGUGGGUGGAUCUUGCUAUUUUGUUGGGAAUGGUGGUUCUAUACCGAUUCAUGUUUCUAGGUAUUGUGAAAUUUAUCGAAAAGGUUAAGCCCAUUCUUAGAUCUGUCGAUGCUGCUCCGUCUAAACAGGCGGCGGCGCAGUUUGAAGAUCCAUAAUCGACGCCCAGGGCAUCAAUGAAGAACCAAGUGUGUGCCUUUUCUGUUGCUACCCAUAAUCUAUAUCGAUCUAAGUUUGUUUUUUCAGGAUGAAUUAAUGGCUUGUGUAGGAUUUGCGAUUAGGGUGAUUGCUUAUCAGCAAAUCGUAUGUUGUAUUCUUGCUACUUAAUUUAUCAUCCACGGGUUUGAUAUUUUGAGUAAAAUCUUUGUAGCAUAACGUACAAUUCUAGAUUUUCGUAGGAAAAUCAGUACUGGUGGGACAUACAUGUCGAAAUCAUAUAGAUCAUACUUAAUUCCUA